CACACUCAGGAAACAGAUCUUCUGAGCUCAGGCUGGAGGUGCACCUACAGUAUGGUGCUGAGAACAUCACUUGUAUUAGUGGUCCUCAUCUGGUCUCUGGAAGUGGCAGUGUUGCAGAGUCAGAAAGUCAAUAAUGAGCAAAAGAAAAUCUGCGUCUUGAAAGGCUCAUCAGUGGACUUGCCCUGCUCAUACAGAGAUCCUAGUGGUGUUACUGUCACACCAACAAAUUGGUAUACCAGAUGGGACUCUGGUGCUGAUGCUGUAGAUCUGAGUCAGAACCCCAAGUACACGGGUCGUGUAGAGUACCGUAGGGAUGAGAACAGUGACUGCACCCUGACAAUCAAGAACCUUAGAAGGACGGACUCUGCUGAGUAUCUUUUCAGGUUUAACACUGAAUGGGAUGACUCCUGGGGAAAAGACAUCCCGGGAACAAUUCUGACUGUCACAGAUCUGCAGGUGGAAGUGACUCCUGCUGUAGUGAGAAAAGGACAAUGGGUGACACUCACCUGCAGCACCACCUGUUUUCUGACUGGAAACCCCUCCUACAUCUGGUACAAAAAUGGUUUACAUUUAUCUGUGGUUACAAAAAUUACCACAGUGCCCGAGGUAGAUGUCAAAAGCUAUCCAUCUAACAGCUACUCCUGUGCUGUGAAAGACCAGGAAGACCUCCACUCUCCUGUAGUGUGUGUUAUGGGCGGUCACUGCAACAGAGUUAACUACAGCAAGAGGAAGAUAUGCGCCUUGAUAGGUUCCUCAGUUGAUAUUUCCUGCACUUAUUAUUCCCAUUACACAAUUAAAUCACAGCUUUGGUUCAUACCUCAACAAAGUAAAGAACUUCAUUUAGACCCAGAAUAUGCAGAUCGUGUGACAAAUUACACGGAGAGUCGUCUCUCAACCCUGAGAAUCAUGAAACUUAGACAGAGUGACUCUGUUGAGUACCGCUUCAGAUUCAAAACUGAGAAAUGGUAUUACUGGGGAGAAGAUUUCCCUGGAACAAUUCUGACAGUCACAGAUCUGCAGGUGAAGGUGACUCCUACCGUAGUGACAGAAGGACAGAGGGUGACACUCACCUGCAGCACCACCUGUCCUCUGACUGGUGACCCCUCCUACAUCUGGUACAAGAAUGGACAGUCUCUAACCAGCUCUCAGACUGGCUACUUUGACCUAGAUCAGGCCAGCAUUGAGGACGCAGGAAACUACUCCUGUUCUGUCUCUCCACUCCAAUCUUCUGUUGUGACUAUUGAGGUCAGAUAUAAACCAAAGAAUGUCACUAUAUUUGUGAACUCCCAUGGUGAUAUAGUGGAAGGCAGGUCAGUGACUCUGACCUGCAGCAGUGAUGCCAACCCACCAAUGGUCAAAUACACGUGGUACAAAGAAAAUGUUACCAUAUCUAAAGGAGAGAACUACACCAUCAUGAACAUCUGCUCUGAGCACAGUGGAGGAUACUACUGUGAGGCUCAGAAUGAAGUUGGAUUAGCAAAUUCCACUACAUAUAUGGUCCCUGUUUUUAACCAAUCACCUUUUAAAAAAUCAGUCAUAGUUAUAAUAACCAUUGUUGGGCUAACCCUAACUUUCCUCCUGGUCCUUCCUGUCAGUCUCUGGCUUUGUAAAAGGAAAACUUCCAAUCCCUCUUCAAUUGUGCAGGACAGCCUUCAUUACGCCAACAUCCAAUUCUCUCGUCCCAAAAACCAGGAGGAAGUGCAAUACUCCACAGUCCAAUCAUCUCAGAUCCAGAACCAGGAUGGGGAAGUGGAGUACUCCAUUCUGAGGUUCCCCUCUCCCAGUGCUGCUCCCAGAGCCCAGUCCCCUGAGGAUUCUUCAGCAAUAUACAGCACAGUGAACAAAGCCAGAACCUAAACACAGCCAGCCAACAACACCAUAAACCUCCAGCCUCUAAAAAGCACCAAACACAAAACAACAAUUUGGGUAAAAAAUGGCCUUAGUAAUUUACGUCAACAGUGUUAAAUAGGUCUUCUAGACAAAGUUGUUAUGCCCAGUGUCUUUACAAGCUUGUUGAUAGAAUCUACUUUGCGGAGGAUUACACAGAAAUGUUGAGGCAAAGUUAUUGUUUUUACAUUAUUUUUCUCACUUUUGAAAGCUUGUUUUCUUGCUUUUUGCAGAAGGUGAUUUUUUUUUAAAUUAUCAUACUGUACUUGUAACCAUAACUUUUAGUAUGGAAGCAGCUUGUAUAACACAGACUGUACAAUCCAACCAACCAAACAGAAGCGGAGGGAGUCAGGUGGCUGAGCGGUGAGGUGUCGGGCUAGUAAUCUGAAGGUUGC